AUGGAUGACGGUGAUGGAGAAUACGCUGCUAUAGAGACUAAAUAUCCAUUGUUAUCUUUUGAAAAACAAAUAUUUACUGAUACAUUUGAAAAGGAUGCUCUUUUGAUACUUGCUAAAGGACUUAAUUAUAAUAAUAUUAUAUCAAAUAUCCUUUGGGUUUAUAAAAACCCGGCCAACCUUGUUUUGGUCUUGAAUAGUAAUGAACAUGAAGAGAAGUACUUUUCUGAAAACUUUAAAAUAUCACCAUUACCUAAUACGGGAACAGAAAGAGAGAAAGCAUAUUUGGAAGGAGGCUUAUUCUUAGCAUCCACAAGGAUACUAGUAGUGGACUUACUAAAGAACCGUGUGCCUGUGAAACAUAUUACAGGAAUUAUUGUAUUACGAGCACACACAGUGCUUGAAUCCUGUCAAGAAGCAUUUGUUUUGAGGCUUUUUCGACAAAAUAAUAAGGCUGGUUUUAUAAAAGCAUUUUCAAAUUCACCAAUAUCAUUUACAUUUGGGUACAAUCAUGUAGAGAAGGUGAUGAGAGCCUUAUUUGUUACGGAAUUAUUCCUUUGGCCUAGGUGGAGGGUUUUCAACCGAGUUGCAGGUGCUCAUCGCUCUAAGGACCUGGAGUCGACAAGAGGUUCAAGACGAUGCUGCUGA